AUUGAAAUUAAACGGACCCCUCUCUGAAUCUCUGUUCUAUGCGUCGUUCUUCAAUUGCUGGUUUCAGUUUUUUUUUUUUUUGAAGUUUUUAAACUUUGAUGAUUAUUGCCCAAUGAUGGAAAACAAACACAUUGAUCGGCUGCCGAUGGUAGAACUUUCUUCUGUCCAUCGCUAGCCUUCACCUACCACCGUGGCAUCCACCUCCUCAUCUUCCGCGACUGCCGUGGUGGUGCGUGAAGGCUGGCUAAUGGAUGCCGUCGGCGCUGGAUGAUUCUAUGCUAUGAGAUCUGAGGGCUUUUUUCAAUCUGCUAUUUCAUCUUUUGUUGAAAAGAAGAGAACUUUAUCCCUCUUCUGCGGGGUUUUUUUGGCUCAUCUUUGAUUGUAAUCGACAUUAGAUUUCGUUGGUUUGACUUUCUUCUUGGAUUUUUUCGCGAUUGAGAGCUGAAAGUUUCAGUCUUUAUGGUGUUUUGACUAUAGGGUUGUGAUUGGAUUUGCCCGAUGAUGAAAGGUUUUGUUGAUUCGAGCUCUUCCGUACUCAGAAUCUUCUUCCUCUCUCUCCAAUCUCCAUUGUUGUUGUUGUUGUUGUUGUUGUUGUUGCUGCUGCUGCUGCUGAUGUUGUUGAUGUUAUAUGGAACUUCGGUGUACUGCUACAGCUGCUCUUACUGUUUGCUGGUAGCGGUAGUGACAUUGUUGUUUCUCCCUUUUGCUUCCCGUGACUUGAAAGAAGAUGAGUGCCAUCUAUGAGUUCUCAUAAAAUGGCGAAUCUGAGGGCGUAGAAUACUAUUUAUUCUUAAUUGAAAUUGGUCCAACUAUUGUGGCAAUUGCAGGCUGUGAUGAAACAUAAUGGUAAGGAGUAAGGUGUGCUUUCACGCAAGUUUUAUUUGUUAUCAGUCUCUUAAUACACUUUCAGUUGAGCUCCAUGAAAGGUCAGUCAGUCUCAUAGAACAGCACAUUGAAGGUCUCCAUGCCUUCAGUCUGCAAGCAAAUUGUCAACUUCACAGUUCGAUCUGCAUUUUUUGGCAGAGAUGUCCUGUCCCUUCAAUGGCAUCUACUUUGCUAGUUCGUAUUUGAUUUUCCCAUUCAAAGUCUUUGCCAUUGAAAGGGAGGCUUAUCUAGCUUACCAGCCGUAGGUUGUGUGAUUGAAAUGAUUGUUGCGAUAGUUUAUCUAAUGUGUUGGUGGUUACCUUGGAUACUCAUCAUCCAACUUGCUAUACUGUCUGUCGAAUCCUCCCUACGGUUUGUAGUAUAGGCUCACUUUGGACGAAGGUUGAUGUGUUGUCUUGUUCUUAAACCGCUGAACUAUUUGCCAUGGAGGUUAUUUUGUGUGGAUCAAUUUACGCUUUAUGCUGGUAAUUCUCAUUUCAAAACCUUCCUGUUUCUUUAUGUGUUCUUUCAACAAGCUAGCAAAAUACAUAAGAAGGUAAUGCAUACCACCUCUGCAAUGGUAAGACGAAAGAGCAGAGAAGGAAAAGGGCGAGAACAAUGAGAUCUUCGAACUCUCGUGUGCAAACUUAAAAACCCACGAGUAAACUUUCGUUUGAAUGGGCUUGUAGGAGAUGAAAAGAACUCAUACAAACCCUUUCUCAACAAGAUAUCGCUAGUCGUUUGUUCCUCUCGAGAAUCUGUAUGAACACAAUGUGCUUUAUAUUGGACGUUCUCGAAACUAUGAACACAAGAAAUUUUCGGUUAUGGAAAACUUGGAUAUCAUCUGUUUGCAUCAAUCUCAAUAUAGCUGAUUGUGAAUCCGAGACAUUUACAUGAAAAUGUCAUUCAAGUGAUUUUGUAUAUCUAUUCUCAUUCAAUAGGAGUUGGUUUUUGAGAUGUGAGUAGUGAAGUGAUGAGGUGAUGGCGGUCAUUCAUGCACCUGUUUUCUGGCUCUUGGUGAGGUAACGAAACAGUUGUGAAAUGAUACUUCUCAUAAUGAUUCCAGGCCCAUACUUGGAUUAAAUUCGAGUAGUAAAUUAAAAUCAUGCCUUCAACGGUGUAAAUUUUACCUUACAUAAUCUGGUUGAAUUCGGACCGCUAUCAAUCUUCCAUGUGAUUCUUUAAUGUCUCAUUUCCUUUGAUGAUGUUGGUAAGAUACAACAUCUCUCAUUAAUGUUUGCCACCUACCUUUAGUCACCAAUUCACCAUCCCCAUUGGUCCCUUGUAUUACCUGAUAUGAUUUCCCCUUGAUCCAAUUCCAGUUUUGGACCAGCAGACAGCAUCUUCCUAUGUGUGUAAUUAUUAUGUGCAUGAUACGAGAAUAAUAUGCAUCCAACCUAUUGCUUUCUAUUCUCAAUUUAGAAAUCUUUUCAUCACACGACUAGGUCUAUACACUAAUUGUACUGUUGUUUUUGCACCUUGCUUCUAAUCCCAAAAAAAUGGCUUCUAUUUGGUCAAAAAAUCAUGGUGGGUAACAUCAUCUUGGCACUUGAUCGAGGUAGAUUAAUAGAAGGAAAGGAUAAGACAGAAUUAGGGCAAUUAGAUAGAAGAAUGGAAUAGAGACGCACGUGAUAAAUAGAACAGAAAGGCAGAAUGAGGCACGGGAAGAGAACAUACGAGGAUUAACAUAAAUAAACACGCUCUGACAAU